AAUAUUUUGUCACACAUGCUGACAGUAAACAAAAGGAAAUAGCAAGACUAUUUUUUAGUGCACUCUAUUACGCAUGCGUCCACGCGCAGGCCUCUUAGCUUUGUCCGCUACAGUCUCCGACACAUUUAGGCAUUAUUUAUUUUUAGCUCUGGCGUGUGUCCGGUGUACCGGGGCCUAGCUGAUGCACCCAGGUGGUUUUACUAAGGUCUUCUGUGUCUCUCUCCAUGUUGCAAGAGAAUUUGUGAGCUAGAGGGGGUCUACGCACAGACGCAGAGGGAGAGACAGAGGACCAAACGAUGGCAGGACUUUGUGGGGAAACGAAUUACUUAAAGCAACAUCAAACUACAUUGGUCCAAACGAGCUCAAAAUGGAAUCAAAUGGGGCUUAUGAGGCCUCUCAAACCAAAUGGACCUCAUGUUUACACACUUGUCCUUCAGCUGAACUGCGUGCGGCCUCAGGUAUCCUGACAGAUGGUGAGAUGUCCCCAAAACCAGCGGUACCGUGUCUGAACCUGACCAGCAGGAGGACGCCAGAAAACUCUCCGGGACUGGAGCACGGCGGCUCCGGCUCCUUUCUUUCCUGCGAUGAGCUGCAGAAACCCUCGCACCUUCCCCCUCCUCUUCCUCACCGUCUCAGCCUGCGGGGGGAUGUGUAUGCUGCCGCCAUGGGCAGGUUUGGUGAUGCUGCGGCGGACUUUACGCACGGCGCUGCGCCGGCGAACCCGCCCGCCUCACCAUCCAAACACAGCAAGUUCUUGGACAGUAUAAACCAGGAUCAAAAGGGGACGGCGAUAAGCGGCAAGCCGACGUUUUACGAGAGUAAUUCGGAAGUCAGAGGGAAAGGAGCUCCAAAGGCCAUGGGCUAUCCUGGUAUUGUCACAGACUGUUGUGGCAAACUCAAAGAGACAGGCAUCACUUUACAUGGGGACUCUAUCGCUGACUCCAUCGACUUAUCAGGCAAGAACAAGAAGCGGCGCAAUCGCACCACCUUCAGCACAUUUCAGCUGGAGGAGCUGGAGAAAGUGUUUCAGAAGACGCACUACCCUGACGUGUACGCCCGGGAGCAGCUGGCCCUGAGGACUGAGCUCACAGAGGCUCGGGUUCAGGUUUGGUUCCAGAACCGGAGAGCCAAGUGGAGGAAACGGGAACGCUAUGGGAAGAUCCAGGAGGUCCGCAACCACUUUGCCACCUAUGAUAUCUCUCUUCUCCCUCGCCAUGACACAUACCAGAUGCAGGGCAACCUGUGGCCAGGGGCGGCUUCAGGAGGAAGCGGUGGCUCAGGUGCUGGCUGUGUCCUGGGAGCUGACUCCAUCCCCUCGUCCUGCAUGAGUCCAUACGCUCACCCCCACAGCAAUCUGCAGGGCUUCAUGGGCAUGCCCACAUCCCCAAGCCAUCCCCACCACCACCACCCACCACACCAUCCGGGCAUCAACGGCCUGUACUCGCUCCACAGCUUCCCAGGAGGCCUCGGGUCCCCUUCCAUCGAGGGGCCCGACACUGAAUAUAAGCCGACGGGCCUGGUGGCGCUGCGGAUGAAAACCAAAGAGCCAGGCAGCAUCCUCUCCUGGCCUACAUGACCACAACAGUGCCAGCUCCCCAUUAUGCACUGACUGAGCCAAAGCAUAUUACAUUUCUGACCCAUACACAACCCCCAAUGUACACACCCACCUCAGCAUAUGAAUAAUAUUUCCUCUUAACAAUUAUAUAAGCCAACUCGGUGACGUUAAACAUUUCAGAAGAUAGUGGAACAGGAAUGUCAUGAAAAUUGAGGGCAUUGAGCCUCUUGCGCAAAAACACCCAGCGUAUUAUUAGGUACUUUAUUGUUUCCAGUUUUACUUUGAUAUCACAAUGCUGAGACCAAAGAGGAAAAACUAUUUAAGCAUGUAAAAAUUGUAAUUAUCAUAUUAAUCAUUUUUUUUGUCUGUCGUGCUUUGUAGUGUGACCAUUAAUAAAGGCCUCAAUCUAAAUAAUCUGUCUUAUUCAGUAGGAAACUAUUUUU